CAUGUCGACCAUAAAGCUGCUCAUUAUCGGCAAACUUUGGCUUUGGAUUGGUCUGAUGAUUGGAGUGGUGCAGCAGAUCGGGGCCGAUGAUUCGCUGGAUACACGUGAAGGCGUCGAUCUGGUGCUCAAGUGCCGUUUCACCGAGCAUUACGAUUCGACUGACUUCACCUUCUACUGGGCCCGAUGGACAUGUUGUCCCACAUUGUUCGAGAACGUGGCCAUUGGCGAUGUGCAGCUCAAUUCGAAUUAUCGCUUGGACUUUCGACCGGGUCGCGGCAUUUACGAUCUGCAAAUAAAGAAUACCUCCUACAAUCGCGACAAUGGACGCUUCGAGUGCCGCAUUAAGGCCAAAGGUACCGGGGCGGAUGUGCACCAGGAGUUCUACAAUUUGACGGUGCUGACGGCUCCGCAUCCGCCGAUGGUCACGCCGGGCAACAUUGCGGUGGCCACCGAGGAGAAGCCUUUGGAGCUCACCUGCAGCAGCAUUGGCGGCUCACCGGAUCCCAUGAUAACCUGGUAUCGCGAGGGCAGCACCGUACCACUGCAGUCGUAUGCUCUGAAGGGCGGCUCCAAGAACCACUACACAAACGCCACACUACAGAUUGUGCCCAGGCGGGCCGACGAUGGCGCCAAAUACAAAUGUGUCGUCUGGAAUCGUGCCAUGCCGGAGGGCCAUACGCUCGAGACCAGCGUCUCUCUAAACGUCAACUAUUACCCUCGCGUGGAGGUGGGACCCCAGAACCCCAUGCGGAUUGAACGCGAUCAUGUUGCCAAACUGGAGUGCCGUGUGGACGCCAAGCCGAUGGUCAGCAAUGUCCGAUGGUCACGCAACGGCCAGUAUGUGAGUGCCACGCCCGUGCAUACGAUCUAUCGUGUGAAUCGACAUCAUGCCGGAAAGUACACCUGCAGCGCGGACAACGGCCUGGGCAAGACCGGGGAGAAGGACAUCGUCCUGGAUGUGCUCUAUCCGCCAAUUGUGGUCAUCGAAUCGAAGACGCACGAGGCCGAGGAGGGGGAGACAGUGCUGGUGCGCUGCAAUGUGACCGCCAACCCGCCUCCGAUUACCAUCGAAUGGCUGAAGGAGGGUGCCCCCGAUUUCCGCUAUACCGGAGAGCUCCUGACACUCGUCUCGGUGCGGGCGGAGCAUGCGGGAAACUACAUCUGUCGCUCGGUGAAUAUCAUGCAGCCGUUCAACACGAAGCGUGUCGAGGGCGUGGGCAACUCCACGGUGGCUCUGCUGGUCCGUCACCGGCCCGGACAGGCCUACAUUACGCCCAACAAGCCCGUGGUCCACGUGGGCAACGGUGUGACGCUCACCUGCUCGGCCAAUCCCCCCGGCUGGCCUGUGCCGCAGUAUCGCUGGUUCCGCGACAUGGACGGCGAUGUGGGCAACACCCAGAAGAUUCUCGCCCAGGGACCCCAGUACUCCAUACCCAAGGCGCACCUGGGCAGCGAGGGCAAGUACCAUUGCCAUGCGGUGAAUGAGCUGGGCAUCGGAAAGAUAGCCACCAUCACGCUGGAGGUCCAUCAGCCGCCGCAGUUCCUGGCGAAGCUGCAGCAGCACAUGACUCGACGCGUGGGGGAUGUGGACUAUGCGGUGACGUGCAGUGCCAAGGGCAAGCCCACGCCGCAGAUCCGUUGGAUCAAGGACGGCACCGAAAUUCUGCCCACCCGAAAGAUGUUCGACAUACGGACCACUCCGACGGACGCCGGCGGCGGAGUCGUUGCCGUCCAGAGCAUCCUGCGGUUCAGGGGCAAGGCCCGACCCAACGGGAAUCAGCUGUUGCCCAGCGAUCGCGGCCUGUACACGUGCCUGUACGAGAACGACGUGAACUCGGCCAACUCCUCGAUGCAUCUGCGGAUCGAGCACGAGCCCAUCAUCAUCCAUCAGUACAAUAAAGUGGCCUAUGAUAUGCGCGAGUCCGCCGAGGUCGUGUGCCGUGUCCAGGCCUAUCCCAAGCCCGAAUUUCAGUGGCAAUUCGGCAACAAUCCGUCGCCGUUGACCAUGUCCUCGGACGGCCACUACGAGAUUAGCACCAGGAUGGAAAACAAUGACAUUUACACCUCCAUUCUCCGGAUUGCACACCUCCAGCACUCGGACUACGGCGAGUACAUCUGUCGGGCUGUCAAUCCGUUGGACAGCAUUCGGGCGCCCAUCAAACUGCAGCCCAAGGGACAGCCGGAAAAGCCCACGAAUCUCAAGGUCCUGGAAGUGGCCCACAACUAUGCGGUGCUCGCCUGGCAGCCGGGCUUCAAUGGGGGCUUCAUGAGCACCAAGUAUCUGGUCAGCUAUCGCCGCGUGGCCACGCCGCGCGAACAAAUGCUGGCGGAUUGUUCGGGCAACGGCUAUAUACCCAGCUAUCAGGUGUCCUCGAGCUCCUCCAGUGUGGGGGCCCACGAGUGGAUCGAGUUCAACUGCUUCCGCGAGAAUCCCUGCAAGCUGGCGCCCCUCGAUCAGCACCAGAGCUACAUGUUCAAGGUCUAUGCCCUGAACUCCAAGGGCACCUCGGGGUACUCCAAUGAGGUCCUGGCCACCACAAAAGUCAGCAAAAUACCGCCCCCACUGCAUGUGAGCUACGAUCCCAACUCCCAUGUGCUGGGCAUCAAUGUGGCUGCCACUUGUCUGUCGCUCAUUGCCGUUGUCGAGUCGCUGGUCACGCGGGAGGCCACCGUGCCCAUGUGGGAGAUUGUGGAGACCCUGACGCUGCUCCCGUCCGGCAGGGAGACGACUUUCAAGGAGGCUGUCAUCAAUCACAUGGCUCGAACGGCACACUACACCACGGCCACGUCUUCGGGCAGGAAUGGGGCCCAUCUGGGGGAGGAUCGGACCAUGGCACUGGCGGAAACAGCCGGACCCGGACCCGUGGUACGCGUGAAGCUGUGCCUCCGCUCGAACCACGAGCAUUGCGGGGCCUAUGCGAAUGCAGAAAUUGGCAAAUCCUAUAUACCCAAUGAUUCCUCCAUCACCACCUCGGCGCUGGUGGCCAUCGUCAUUGCCUCGUUAUCGUUUCUGGUGUUUUUGGCCUUGCUUUACGCCUUUUGCCGGUGUCGGCGCACGCAUGCGGCCAAAAAGCAAGCAGCCGGAGGCAAUGCCACAGCCACAACGACAACCACGACGACGGGGCCCGGGGCCAAGGAGUACGACCUGGAUGAUACCCCAACAUCCGGCACUGACCCGCAGCAAUCCCAGCAGCAGCACCAGCAGCAGCAGCCACCGAAUCUCCCCCCGCCCCCACCGUAUUAUCCCAGUGGCACUUUGGACAGCAAGCAAGACGGCAGCGGUGGCGGCAUGGAGCUGACCCUCACGGCCCUGCACGAUCCUGACGAGCAGCUGAACAUGCAACAGCAGCAACAGCAGCAGAACGAAGCUCUCCACAGCGGACUGUACCAUCAGCCGCAGGCCAAAGCCAUGUUGGGACUCUACGGCGGUGGCGGAGGCGGCGGCGGAGGCGGAGGCGGCAGCCAGCACUCGAAUGGCUAUGGCUAUCAUGUGACAAGUGCCAUUGGUGUGGAUGGCGACAGCUAUCAAGUGAUGCCCUCAUCCGCAGCAGCAGCCGCAGCGGCAGGACACGGUGCAGGCGAGUCAGGACCACUUGAGGCGACACCAGUAGCCGGCAUCCAGCAGCAGAAACUACAACAAAAUUCAGCACGCGCCAAUCUAACGAACCAACCCACCAUCAGCAACACCAACACCAACACCAUCUCCAACACCGCCACGAACCUCACCAACACUCACAGCACCCUCAAGCCCAACUCCAACACCAACACCGCCACCUCCAACUCCAACCCCAACUCCAAUUCGAAUGCCACCUCAACCUUAAAGCGGAAGAACCAUCUGGGAAGUGGAUGUGGCAAGGAUAGGAUAGAGAGGGAGCGGGAGAGGGUUUUGCUAACCGCAGCCACGGCGGCAACAACCACAGCCCUGGCAACCACCAUUACAACAACAUCACGUAAUGCCAAAACCGCAACAACAACUACAACGCUGGCCAUCACAGGGUCGAGCAACAAUUCGAAUGAGAACAACUACAGUAAUGCCAGGGAUCUGUCGCAGGAGGCCCUGUGGCGGCUCCAAUUGGUUGCGGCCCAGCAAUCGCAGCAAAUCUACGUGGAACGACCGCCAUCGGCGUUCAGCGGUUUGGUGGACUACAGCGGCUAUCCGUCGCACAUUCAGACGGUCACCAGUUCGCUGAGUCAACAGAAUUUCGGACAGUCGGUGGGGGGAGCGGGUGGAGCCGGUGCAUCGGGCACACAGCCCCUGGCACCGCACGAAAUGCUGCAGGCGGCCCAGCGGUAUGGCACGCUGAGGAAGUCGGGAAAACAGCCCCCACUGCCGCCGCUGCGCAAGGACCUGCAGCAGCAGCAGCAGCAACAGAAGCCGCAACAGCAGCAAUUAGCGGAUAUAAUACAGGAUUUGGCAAAUUAAACUAAUUGCCAGUUAAGGAGAGACAACAACCACAGCAACAGC